GCCCAUGUAAAUAAGUGAUUGUGUGUAGACAGGCGGCGGGGAGUCGCUCGACUACAGUGAGAUAGUUCACUGAAACAUGGACACCUAAUGAACGUAGACAUGAAGUAUUUCAGAAAUUUUGCCCAGCUGAGGAAAAAGGAGUGGAAUAUUUAGCCGAAAUGGACUUUUUUCACUUUUUGUGUCGGCUAUGAAGGGUCACGUAUUUAGCCUAGACAGACACCGGGUUAGCCAGCCAGCUAGCUAGGGUCAGAGAACCAACCGAAACUUCAACUAGCUGGCUUUUUAAUUAGUUAUAUUUAUAUUCCAUCUACUAUUCAUAAUUAACAACUAUUUUUUUAAUACUUUAAUAUAUUUGUAUAUGUUAUGAACUAUACAAACGAGCUUGUGUGUACUUCCCUGACUGAGGUUUCCUAUAGGGCUUUAGGUAUCUAUUUAAUGAAAGUGAUUUAGAAGGUUCUGGAAAUGAUUAACAAAAAGUCGUUUCUCUUUAUGUUUCAUGGGAGUUGUUGUUAUUAUUAGAAAAAGUUUUAAUGGAUAAAAUAGGCGUGAGAGGGAUUUCUCAAAGAUUCAUCUGCCUGGUCAUGGUUCUGCUGGCUGUUGCUCUGUUCACUGGCAUUUUGUGUUCAGUUGAUGCUAAUGAUGGCCAGGCCAUGUCUGCUGAGGAAAAGUCUAAAAUCAGGGAACAAAUUCUGGAGAUGUUUGAUCAUGCUUAUGGCAGUUACAUGAAAUAUGCAUACCCAGCUGACGAGCUGAUGCCGCUAAGCUGCAAAGGGAGGGUUCGAGGGCUGGAGCCAAAUCGCGGAGACAUCGAUGACUCUCUGGGAAAGUUUUCUCUGACACUGAUUGACACUUUAGACACCCUAGCACUGUUGAACAGGAUGGAGGAGUUCGAAGAGGCCGUAAAGAAAACCAUUACAGAUGUCAGCCUGGACAAUGAUGUGGUGGUGUCUGUUUUCGAGACCAAUAUACGUGUGCUGGGAGGACUGUUGGGGGCGCACACGAUGGCUGACAUGCUAAAGCAGCGAGGAGAGAGGAUGCAGUGGUACAGAGAUGAGCUGCUGCACAUGGCCAAAGACCUUGGCUACCGUUUACUGCCUGCCUUUAACACCACCAGUGGCCUUCCAUACCCAAGAGUGAACUUGCGGUACGGAGUCCUGAACCCUCUGUCCCGCACAGGCACCGAGACGGACACCUGCACAGCUUGUGCCGGGACCAUGAUCUUAGAGUUUGCUGCACUAAGCCGACUCUCGGGGGAAUAUGUGUUCGAGGAACAUGCACGGAAAGCUCUGGAUGUCCUCUGGGAUAAGAGGCAGAGCGGAAGUAACCUUGUGGGCACGGUCAUCAACAUCCAUAAUGGAGACUGGGUCCGACGGGAUAGUGGUGUUGGAGCUGGAAUCGACUCGUACUAUGAAUACUUGAUGAAGGCGUAUAUUCUGCUGGGAGACAACGUGUACCUCGAGAGGUUUAACACUCACUACAGUGCCAUAAUGAAGUACAUUAGCCAGCCACCUCUGCUGCUCAGCGUGCACAUGCACAACCCUACAGUGAACGUGCGCAGCUGGAUGGACUCAUUACUGGCCUUCUUCCCUGGACUGCAGGUUCUAAGGGGAGAUCUGAAGCCUGCUAUAGAGACCCAUGAGAUGCUUUAUCAAGUCACCAAACAGCACAAGUUUCUUCCUGAGGCUUUCACCACUGAGUUCAGGGUUCACUGGGGUCAACACCCUCUGCGGCCAGAGUUUGCCGAGAGCACUUACUUUCUGUACAAGGCUACAGGUGACCCGUAUUACCUCAAAGUGGGCCAGUCUAUAGUUGAGAAGCUUAAUACUCACGCACGGGUCCCCUGUGGCUUUGCUGCAGUCCAGGAUGUUCGGACGGGGACACAUGAAGACAGGAUGGACUCCUUCUUCCUAGCUGAGAUGUUCAAGUACCUCUAUUUGCUCUUCUCGGAGAAAAGUCAUUCCUUUGAUAUUGAUGAAUAUAUCUUUACCACCGAGGCCCAUCUGCUUCCAGUCUCUCUGUCUAAUGCACAGACUCCCUGUAAAGGCAACAGCACGGGCUUUUACACUUCUCCUGAGGAAGACAUGUUUACAUAUGCUUGCCCUAGCACUCAGACCCUGUUCCCUAAUAACCCUUCCUUUGCCAAGACCAUCAGGGACCGUUACAAAUACCUCACUGGGGUUGGCAGGCCACCCCACACCUCAAUUGUCAAGGGGAUUGAGCUGCCUCUUCAUGACACUGGAAUCGAGCCAGUUGAGUUCCUGAAGAGCAUGGGCAUCUCUCUGACCCCUCUUGCAGAAAUGGCCGCAGCCAGCGGUGGCAUAGUGACCCAGGACAUGCAGAAAGGUGUGUUUAGAGUGAAGCUGGUAGCUGAGGUCAGCCAUACACGAGAAGAAGAGGAGGUGGUGCCACUUAUCGUGCAGCUCAUCUCCCCUCCCUUUCUGGGAAGAACAGUCCUGACAGCAGGACCGGCAAAAUUUGGAAUGGACCUUACCAAGCAGGAGCAUGGGGUCAAGGGUACUAUUGUAAAGAGCAUUCCAUACACAGCAUGUGGACACAUAGAGAAUGCAGUGGAGCUGCAGGGCCAUAUCGCUGUAGCUCUGAGAGGGGACUGCAUGUUUGCUGCUAAAGCGCGAAGAUUACAGCAAGCAGGGGCCAUUGGCAUCAUCUUUAUAGACCAGGGAGAGGACAGCAGCAGUGCUGAAACCCCUCUGUUCCAGAUGGUGGGAGACGGGGAGAGUACAGAGGACAUCACUGUGCCCCUGGUCUUCCUGUUCAGCCAAGAAGGGGCCAUUCUGACUGCCGCCCUACAGGAGCACCAUAACGUAGAUGUCCUGCUUUUGCCUAAGGAGAAACAGCUGGGAAAGGAAAAAACUGAGAAACUAAACAUCAAGUUUCGUCUGGCCAAAGAGAACGAGCACGAGGAGACCACAGGAGAGAGAAAUACCAUCCGACUGGUGUUGGAAGGCAAAAUGGAGCCUGAGGUUGAAGCUGAGCAUGAUGCAGAGUCUCAAUCCCAGUGCACUGUUCUCUCAACUGCGGAAAACGAGGAGUCCUGCAGUCCAGAGCAAAAAAGUGGCCCAUGAUGCUGGGAUCGAGAUAUAACCUCUGCCUCCUGGUUCACGUUUGGGCUGCUGCUAGACUGCAGCUGAUCAAGAAUCGGAGAGCGUGGCAACACCCGGUCCCAAACGAUCAAGCUCUGUAUACCCAGAGUCUCACCUAGUCUGGACCGGUUUCUCCUCUCCUGUAACAAAGAAUAAUGUUGGCUCGUGUAAUUUGUAGUUCAUGGGUGGUAUAAAGAAACUAGGAGAGGUAUGCGAAGCUGUAGAGCGAUUGACGGGUGAAAAGACUAGUGGUUAUGAGGUGCACAGUGGGCAGUUAGCUGCAGGACACACUCAGGCCAAGACAUACAUAGUUGCAUUUAUUAAUUUUUGUCACUCACAUAUAUUUUUAUUUAUUUAAUUUCUUUUUUUUUUUUUUAUAUAAAGGUAUCAUGGGAACAGUGAUGGUUUAUUUUUUAUUUUUUUGGUUGUUGUUUACAUGGGCAUUUGAAGCCAUGUCAUGACACUUAUGACCAAAACUACAAAUAUCGGUGUUGAAAACAUUGGAAACACAGCGGUUACACGGGGGACGAAUGGGCAGGCGACCUCGUUUAAAUCUUUUAAUACUGAAAUCAGGGAAAAAUCAAAGUGCUAAGACUUGAACAUGUGCAUGUUCGUAUGCAUGCAUAACACGGGGUGUGUGAAAACGUUAAUGUUCUUACACUAUGGACUGCUCUUGUCUUGUGUGUGGUUGUCAAUCAUUCAUGUACCACCGGUGCAUUCAGUAAAAGGUGAUCGAAGUUUUUUUUUUUUUUAUCGGGUUUUAUAGCAAUUCAGUUUUACUUGAUUCUCUUCCAGCGUUACCCCUUCCCUGGUUUACUUCCAUUCUCUUUCGUUUUAUGUCCUUAAAUUAAACACUAAAUUGACUUAACAUUGUUGAGAGCGAGAUUAAAGAUACACUUGCAUAAAAUUGUUUACUUACAAUGGUCCAGGAUUGCAACUAACAUGGCUGAAUUGUUAUGAGUUAUGUUUUAAAUAUUUUUGGCUGAAAAUUAUACUUUUAAAGGGCUUUGCUUUAUAGUGCUGCUUUGUGAUGUCAUGUUUAACUAUCAUUGUGAAUUCUGAACAUAUGGAAUGCAUCAGUUUUCAAUCACAGUUUUUUUUUUUUUUUUUUUUUUAAACAACGAACCAUGUUUUCAGUUCAGUAAUCAGACCAGAGAUGGUAAACAUCUCUCUCUUAUCAGAUAUUAUGUCUGUAAGCCCUCUCUGGUGUCAUAAACAAAACUACAUCCUUUUUUUUUCUCCUUCCAUACACUAAUCUGCUUUGCCUCAAGUAUUUAUUUCGCUUCUGCAGAACGCUCAUGUUAAGCUCGUUCAUGACCUUCGGUCUUGAGGAUCUACGGGAGUAGAUCAGAUGUUCAGACGCCGUUUUAAUUGAACAGAGAGUGUUCCUGCAUCAGCUGGGUGGGAUUGUGUGUACACACGUAUGUGUCUUUUGUGGUGGAGAAAGCCUGUGUAAAUCUGAAAGCAGAAUACGAUCAUAUGGAGGUAAUAUUGUAACUGUAAUGAAGCAAAGCAGAAACUGUAUAAUGCACAUUGAGAUCGUUUUUUUUUUUUUUUUUUUUUGCCAUUUUUGUUUCCUGCCUACCUGAGAAUACAAUAAAGUGCUCAAUGAACACUUACUCCUCAAAUCUGAUGCAUAACUUGAGAUUUCUUUUCUUUAAUAUACAUUUCAGGGGGUUUUAUUAUAUGUAGGAAUGCUGGUUUUAAAGGCAAGGUGAGAUGCCAGUAUGUGUCUAAUAAAUGAGAGACUGUUUUUAAUCUUUAUUCUGUCUAGUCACUGAUGUAAUUAGUAUGUUAAUGUAUAGAAAAUUGUGUUUUUAAAUGAAAUUAUUGUUAAUUUGUAAACGGUGGGAUAAAGGAAAUCAGAUGAAUAAAAAUAUAAAUUGAUAAUU